AUGAAUACAAAGGGCAGUAGCGCAACUGCACUACGACGAUUAAUGACCGAAUACAAGCAAUUGACCUCAGGAGGCUCGCCCGACGGGAUGUUCACUGCAGGUCCAAUCUCAGAGUCGGACUUCUUCACUUGGGAAGCGCUUAUCUGUGGUCCAAAAGAUACACCAUUUGAGGGUGGCGUCUUUGUCGCCAAGCUCACUUUUCCACAGGACUAUCCACUAUCGCCUUUCAAGAUGAAAUUCGACCCUGCCUUAUUCCAUCCGAACAUUUAUCCGGAUGGAAACGUCUGCAUAUCGAUCCUCCACACGCCCGGAGAUGAUCCUACCAUGUAUGAACAAGCAUCUGAAAGAUGGAGUCCUGUGCAGAGCGUUGAGAAGGUGAUCUUGAGUGUUAUUUCCAUGCUUGCCGAACCAAAUCUGGAGAGUGGCGCUAACAUCGACUGUUGCAAGUUGUAUCGGGAGAACAAACCAGAAUAUGAAAGGCUGGUCAGGGAGUCGAUUAGGCAACAACUAGGUGUAUGA